UAUGAGUUCACCGACAGUAAGACUUUUUUCAUUAGUACCAGAAAAUUAAGCACGAGAUGUUUAUGCUAACUGUCACGAAUGCUCAUCGGUGUUAGUAGAUAGCUCCCGUGAGCGUCGGGCUUAAACAGGACCUAUACAUUGACAAGUGCGAUGUCUAUUUACCUCAUUGGUGCUUUGUGCGGAAUGGCUGUGGCGAUCCUGAUUAUCACUCUUAUCCUUCUAUGGCGGGGAUCGUGUCGGCCUAAGAAAAAAGGAGAAAAGAAUGAAAACAGCGCAGAAAAUGUUAUAAUUAAAACAAACUCAUCGGUGAUUCCUGGGAUCCUCGACGAAGUAUCAGUACAGCCGUUGGAUAAUAUAACUGACCCCGAUAAAGACACAUGCAGCGGAGGCGCAACAUCGGACUCGAGCGGGAGCGACUAUGAGACAAAGAUUGGAACCGUAAAGACGAAUCUUUAUCCAAGACAGGAGUUGAUAACAUUAUCAUGCGAAGGAGGCACAGGGAGCAGAGGCAAACUACAUGUCAAAUUAUUUUAUGAUUUUGACCGAUCGGACUUUGUUGUGGAACUAUUAGAAGCUUCUAACCUACCGCGAAUGGAUACGUUUGGUGGAAGCAGCGACCCAUAUGUAAAAUUGAUGCUUGAGCCAGACCCGGACAGGAAAGUAAAAAUCUCCACUGUUCAGAAACGUUCACUAAAUCCUGUGUUUAACGAAAUCUUCAAGUUUCCCGGAACAUACGAAGACAUGAACGCUCAAUCAUUACGAUUAAAAGUCUACGACUUCGAUAAGAUGAAAAGGCACGAUAUAAUAGGCGAGGUGGUUAUUCAACUGGCAGAGGUGGACAUCUCCAGGCAAGUCGAAAUAUGGGCUGAUUUGCAAGAACCAUCAUUA